AUUAUCUUUGGCCAAUUUUUUUUUUUCUAUAAAAUGGGACGACGAAUUGUAUUUUUAUGAAUUUUUUUUUGAAAUAUUAAGUCUCAGUAAUCAAAGAUUCGAGACCAAACAUUUCUUCUAGUAUUCUUUUUUUUUAAAAAAAAAGUAAUAAUUAACGAACAUGGCUCAAGAGUCUCUAGUUACUGAUAUUAGUGAAUUAACUUUACAAGUCCGUUCUGAAAAUAAAGAGGAAUUGGACAACCUUUUAAUUUUACUUGAAAAGAAAAUUGAUAAUGAUGAAAUGCCAAAAGCGAACGAAAUAUUGCGAUAUCAUGAUUCAGAUAAAAAAAUCAAAAGACCUCCUAAUUCAAUUAUUAUUUAUACCAAUCAAAUUGGCAAAUUUGGUUUACUAAAUAUUAUAAGAAAUUUUUGUGAAAAACAUGGAAUUAAUAAACAAAAAUUAGUACCAAUUUCAAAAAAACUCAGUAAAAUCUUAUGGGAAGAUUUAUCAAGCGAACAUCAAAACUUUUUUGAAGAAUUGGCAUUAAAAGUUAAUGUAGAACACAAAAAGUUAUACCCGAAUUACAAGUAUGCGGUAAGAAAGAGAAAAGUCCGUACUACUUAUAAACUAUACGACUUUAAAACGGAAACAGAUGAUUCUUCUCUUCCUCUCGACGAACAAGUAGAAGAACACUAUGAAGAUUCGACGAGCUCAUCAACAAAAGCAACAGAAAAUAAAUUAACAGAAAAACAAGAUGAAUUAGAUGAAUUAAUUCUCGAUAGUUCUGAUGACGAGAAUUAAAUACUGUAUUUGGCAAUAUUUUAUAUGGUGAUGAAAUUAAUUUUUCAUGAUAUCGAAAUUCAUUAUUUCAAAAUUUGUAUAGUUUUAAUUAAUAAAUUCUUAUAAUCUCAUUGAAUAUCAAAUAAUAAAUUCUUAAGACUAUUAAGACUAUUAUAUUACCUUUUUAUUAUCACUAACUUUAUCCGCAUUUAUGACAGUUAUUUAAUGGCCUAACGCUUAUCAAAUAUUGUUAUAUUUAUCACGUAACAGUCGUAACACACAAUAUUAACUAGUCAUAUAACACUAGACAAUUCUUUCGGCCCGAUCGUUUGUUU